AUGGCGCCAAACGGUGAUGAGGCGCUGGAGUUGGGAGGGGAUUCCGGUGAGUUCGAAGAGGCGAUCCUUGAUGGAAGUGGCGUAGAGGAUCAGAGGGUUAGGGUUUUCCCGUCCAAGUGCUUCACGAACAGAAGUUUAUGUCCUGGUAGAGAAGCAUGGAGGAUCAGAGCAAGGGUUGUAAGGAAGUGGGAGAUGGCACCUACUGCUGAUCCUUCUAAACCUUAUGCUAUCCAACUUGUCUUGAUUGAUUCUGAGGGUAAUAAAAUUGAGGCAAAUAUCAAGAAGUAUUUGAUGAGCAAAUUCGAGAGGGAAAUUGUUGAAGGAAAUGUAUACAAGGUGAAUUGUUUCUCUGUUGUGGACAAUAAUGGGGAAUAUCGUGCUACUGAUCAUGAGUACAAGAUUAUAUUCAAUAGUAAGACAAAGCUUCAAAUUGAUCAGUGUGAUACCAUUCCUAUGCUUGGUUUAUCAUUCAAGGAUACAUCAGAAGUUAAGAUGACUAUGGGGGAGUCUGAUUUCUUGAUAGAUAUUAUUGGAUUUGUCACAGGUGUGUCUGAAGAGCAACAAUUUCCAAAGUCUGGAAGGGUUACUAGAAAACUUGAAAUGGAAAUUACUGAUGACAAGGGAAAGAUCAAGAUGGCUGUUUUUGGAAAGUAUGUUGAUAUUGUUAAAGGGUUUCUUGCUGUUGAUGGUGUUGGACUUCCAGUUAUUAUUGUGCAAUUUGCCAAAAUCAAGACAUACAGAGGAGAAGUUGUUAUCCAAAAUGUUAUGCAAGCUACCAAGUUAUUUUGGAAUGCUGAUAUUCCAGAAGUUGCUGCUUUUCGUGAUGGGUAA